AUGAACGUCCUCUCUACGCACGCGGUGGCGUUACACGGCAUGAACGCGCGAGGGAGUCAGAGGACCCCGACGAGCGCGUCGACAUCAUCUUUAAUAGCACGAAAAAACACCACUAGAUCACAUAAUAACACGAAGAAGAAUAUCAACGCGGCGCGGCAUCGUCGACAAAGAAGCAUCAUCAGAUCUCGAGCGAUUUCUGACCCGCCGUCGAAAUCGCCGUCGUUCGACCUUAGCAACCUCUCCGAGAUCGCGGAACGCCGAACGCGAAAAAUAUCCGCCACGGGCGCAAACUUGAAAGAUUGGACGCCGUCUUCGUACAGAGCGAGAGAGGCGUUGCAACAGCCGAACUACACGGAUCAGUCGGAAAUCGAUGCGGUUUUGAGGCACAUGGAAGAUUUACCGCCGCUGGUCUUCGCCGGGGAGUCGAGAAAGUUGCAAAGCCAGUUGGCCAACGCGGCGAACGGAAACGCGUUUGUGUUAUUCGGCGGCGAUUGCGCGGAGUCGUUUAAAGAGUUUAGAGCGGAUAACGUGAGAGAUACGUACAGAGUUUUGCUGCAGAUGGCGGUGGUUUUGAUGUACGGGGCUGGUAUGCCGGUGGUGAAGUUGGGGAGAAUGGCUGGGCAAUUCGCCAAGCCGAGGUCGGAGGAUUUGGAAACCAUCGACGGCGUAUCUUUGCCGUCCUACAGAGGGGAUAACAUCAACUCGUGCGAGUUUACUCCGGAAGCGAGAAGACCGGACCCGAACAGAUUGAUCAAAGCGUACGACCAAUCCGUGUCUACGUUGAACUUGUUGCGAGCGUUCUCCAACGGCGGCUACGCGGCGAUGCAAAGAGUCAGCAAGUGGAACUUGGAGUUUAUGCAAGGCUCGCCGAAAUCCGCGCAGUACGAAAAGCUUGCCGCGGACGUGGACAGAGCCAUCGAGUUCAUGCACGCGUGCGGGAUCGAUGAGAACCAUUCGGUGAUGAAUUCGACCGAUUUCUACACCGCGCACGAAGCCUUGCACUUGGGCUACGAAGAAUCCUUGACUCGAUUGGAUUCGACGACGAAUGAUUUCUACGGCUGCUCGGCGCACUUCUUAUGGUGCGGCGAACGCACCCGCCAACCGGAAGGUGCGCACAUGGAAUACUUUAGAGGCAUUUCCAACCCAAUUGGUAUCAAAAUUUCCGACAAAUCCGACGGCGACGGCGUCGUUUCUUUAGUGAAACACUUGAAUCCGGACAACAUUCCGGGUAGAAUCACGCUCGUCUCGAGAAUGGGCGCCAAGGCGUUAAGAGAACACCUCCCCCGACUCAUCACCGCCAUCGAAGAUGCGAACUUGAACGUCUUGUGGGUCGCCGACCCCAUGCACGGCAAUACCAUCAAAACCGACAACGGCUUCAAAACGAGACCGUUCGAAUCUAUCCUCGAAGAAGUCAUGGCCUUUUUCGAAGUGCACGAAAAAAUGGGAACGCACCCGGGCGGCGUCCACUUAGAAAUGACUGGCCAAAACGUCACCGAAUGCACGGGAGGUUCCGGCAACGCGAGCGUCUCCCAGACGGACUUAGAGUUGCGUUAUUUAACCCACUGCGACCCGCGCUUGAACGCGAGCCAAGCGAUCGAGUUGUCCUUCAUGAUGGCCCAAAAGUUGAGCGAAAUGAAAGCGAGAAAACGAGCCAAGCAAGAGUAA